AUGGCUGUGACGUGCCGCGCGCCGCUGCCGGUACCCUCGUAUAGCCUCCUCCGAUUCCUGCGACUGCAGACCCGGCUCUCCGUCUGCGCAUCCUCGACUGCUCUCCAGAGAGAUAACAGAUGUUCAUCCUCGUCCUCCCGCCGCAGAACCUGCACCACAACGACGACAUGCGCUUCUGCUAGACCCAGACUUGGCGUGUCCAAGAGGCCGCGACAGCAGGCCGCGACGACGGCCGCGACGACGGCAACGGCGACGGCGACGGCGACGAGGUGCUUUGGAACGACGGCCACCGCGCUCAGAGCGUCGGGACCGAACGAGGCGCAGGCUGCCCGCGCGGCGUCGUGGCAGGAGAGACUAUGGGGCAGCCUGAUCAAGAAGGGUGGAGGGAACGGCGGCGGGCCUGUCCGACCGGACGACCUGGCCUCCGACGACCAUCCCGACGGGCCGUUCGUCUUCAACAACAGGCGCACCAUGGCAGCCAAGGCAGCCCUCGAACCCAGACUGCGCUGUACAGAGGUUGACGAGCACGGCAAGGUGAUCUUGGUGGACGGGGAGUUUAAGAAGACCGAGCUGAUUGCCAAGUACGGCCUGCUGCCCCGCGACCUCCGCAAGAUCGACUCGUCCAACCUGCCGCACAUCCUGGUCCGGCCGUCGGCCAUCCUGCUCAACCUGCUACACCUCAAGGUCCUGAUCCGGCACGACCGCGUGCUGCUCUUCGACGUGUACGGGUCCAAGACGUCGUACUCGCAGUCGGCCUUCAUGUACGACCUGCAGGGCCGGCUGCAGCAGAAGGGCCCCUCGUCCCCGAUGCUGGGCGGGCUGCCCUACGAGUUCCGCGCCCUCGAGGCCGUGCUCACGUCGGUGACGUCGGAGCUCGAGGCCGACUUCGAGGCCGUGCGCGAGCCCGUGAUGCACAUCCUCAGCGAGCUCGAGGACGACAUCGACCGGCAGAAGCUGCGCGUCCUGCUCAUCCUGUCCAAGCGCGUCAGCACGUUUGAGCAGAAGGCCAAGCUGGUCCGCGACGCCAUCGAGGAGCUCCUCGAGGCCGACGACGACCUGGCCGACAUGUACCUCACCGAGAAGGCCACGCCGGGGACGUCGCUGCGCAGGGAGGCCGACGACCACACCGACGUGGAGCUGCUGCUCGAGUCGUAUCACAAGCUCACCGACGAGAUCGUCCAGGAGGCCGGGAACCUGGUGUCGGGCAUCCGCAACACGGAAGACAUAGUCCGAGCUAUCCUAGACGCGAACCGCAACGCCCUCAUGCUCCUAGACCUCAAGUUCAGCGUCGGCACCCUGGGCUUGGCGAUGGGCACGUUCCUGGCCGGCCUGUACGGGAUGAACCUCGAGAACUUCAUCGAGGAGACGAACUGGGGCUUCUCGGCCGUGACGGUCGUCUCGAGCGUCUGCUCCCUCAUGGUCUGCUGGUACGGCCUCGGCCGGCUGCGCAGGGUGCAGCGCAUCAAGAUGGGGAGCGACGAGGUGCCCGAGGUGCCGCACCUGGUGGCUCGCAGGCCGCAGGUCUCGGUCUCGUCUCAGGACGACGCCCUCGGCCUGCUCGACUGGCGGCACCGCGAGAGGCUGAGGAGGAUGCACAUGCAGAAGUCGGCGGCUGCUACCAGCAAUAAGAGGAAGAGGUGGUGGUGGCUGGGCUUACGUUCAUCCUGA